CUCCUUUAUAAAAGUCUCCUGUUUAUCAUUAUAGCUUUCUAAAGAGAGAGAGAGAGAGAGAGAGGAUGGAGCUUGCUUUGAGCUUAGGAGAUACGCCAAAGCCAAUUUCAAUUGCAGAUGAAAACAGAUCACAACAGCAGAAGAACAAAGAAUUAGGGUUUUGCAUGGUAUUAGGAAGCAGCAGCCAGGUUCAAGAUCAUCAGCACAAGAACUAUGACGAUGAUGAUAAAACAAAUUGUUCUUCUUCAUCAUCGGAUCCACGGCCGUUACAGCUUGAUCUCCGCCCUUUUUCACCGUCUCUCCACCAAUCUUCACCGACACCGCCACCUUCUCACCGUCCUUUUCCAUGGCUGUCUCAAAUUUUAAUAGGCGAACCGAGUUCCCAUACUAAACUAGGAAAAGGGUUGGAUGUGAAACCGCUAACCGCAGUAUAUGAUCCUGACAACGGAGAAGAACCAGCCCCCGUUCAGUCUUCACCAAACGACAGUAAUAGUGAUACGUCAUCCUUUCAAAUGGAUUUUUCUUCCAUUUUCAGAAGUAGCGCUGGUAGCAGUAGAUUUCCAUCUAUGAAACCUGAUAUGGAGUUCGUAAGGGGGAAUAUGGAUUUUUUAGCGGAUGUUUCCGAAAGAGAUCAUAGAGUUUCUUCAAGACGCGGAGGGUAUGGUGGAACUAGUGAUGAUGAUGAAAAUGGGUUGGGUAGAAAGAAGCUUCGACUCACUAAAGAACAAUCCGCUUUUCUUGAAGAUAGCUUCAAAGAACACAAUACCCUCAACCCUAAACAAAAGCUGAUUUUAGCAAACCAGCUGAACCUUCGUCCACGACAAGUAGAGGUGUGGUUCCAAAACAGAAGGGCAAGGACAAAGUUGAAGCAGACUGAGGUGGAUUGCGAGUAUCUAAAGACAUGUUGUGAAACCCUAACUGAAGAAAACAAGAGAUUGCAAAAAGAACUUCAAGAAUUAAGAGCCUUAAAAACUUCCCAGCCAUUUUACAUGCAGCUCCCAGCCACCACCCUCACAAUGUGUCCUUCGUGUGAGCGAGUCGUCACCACCUCUUCUACCACCACCACUCCACCCAACACCACCGCGACAAAGCAGCAGCAACCCACCAAUCCAUGACGAUACUAGUAGCACCACCUCAAAUAUCUUAAUGCAUUCUUGUCAUUACCUUUUUUAAUGUCUUCUAGCUCGUGGGAAUCAGGCUCUAAGUUGAAGAACAUGCAUGGGGAAUAGAUAGUCAAAUGGUUUAUAUCUUAAUUUAUGAUAUAUGUAUAAAUCUUUGACUAUUUUUGACCGUGUGUUCAUUUUUUGUUUAUCUAGUUCGCGGGCUCUUUUGUUUCAGCAAAUUGGAGGACUAUGGUUUGAUCAAGAAAUUGAUAUUGAAAAAGACAAGUUGUCUUUCUUUUUUGGAACAUGCAUUGUGUCGGU